ACUAAAAUAACCUCUGCACUCUCACCCAUCCUGGCUUUUCCCCUACCCCCACCACGUUCUUCACAAGGAGGGAGAGAGAGAGAGAGAGAGAGAGAGGAGAGAGAGAGUGAGUGAGUGUGUGCGUCUUUUAGAGAGAGAAAAUGGAACCCCCACACGGCCCCAGCGGCGGCGGCGGCGGCAGCAGGGCGGAGGCUGAGCGGUGGCUGGUCAUAGCAGAGAAGCUCCUCGCGGGCAGAGACCUAGUCGGGAGCAGAACCUUCGCGAUCCGGGCCCGCGAGUCCGACCCGACCCUCGACGUCUCCGACCAAAUCCUCGCCGUGGCCGAGACCCUAAUCGCGGGCGAGAAGCGGAUCGGCAACCUAUACGACUGGUACGCGAUCCUCCAGCUCCCCCACCAGACCGCCGAUUUAGGGCUCAUCGCCACCCACUACCGACAGCUGGCGAUCCUCCUGAACCCUCACCGCAACCGCCUCCCGUUCGCUGACGAGGCGUUCAAGCUCGUGUACGACGCCUGGUCAGUCUUGCUAAACCCUACUGAGAAGUCUAUGUACGAUAACGAGCUCAUUAUGUUUGCCAAGUACGGCCCCGCCGCGUUGGGCCAACGCGGCGGCCAGGAGCCUCAUUUCGAGCAUCAGUUUCAGCAUUACGGCCAACAACCACUACAGCAGCAACAACAAUUGCAGGCACCACCGCUGCAACCGCAACAGCCUCCACUGCAACCACCGCAGCAGCAACAGCAAUUCCAGGCACCACCGCAACCACAGCCGAAGCAGCAGCAGCAGAAGAAACAACAGCAGGUGCAGCAGCAGCAGCAGCAGCAGCACGAUUCGAGGCCGAGCCCUAAAAAGGUUGUUGAGAGGAGUGUGACUGAGGGAAGUGGAUUAGUUAAUAAUGAGGAGGAUAGUAGUACAACUUUUUGGACUGCAUGUCCCUAUUGUUAUAACAUGUAUGAGUACCCUAGGGUUUACGAGGACUGCUCGCUGCGGUGCCAGAAUUGCCAGAGGGCAUUUCACGGCGCGAAGAUUGUGCCACCCUCGCCGGUUGUGGAGGGGGGAGAAUCGUACUUUUGUUGCUGGGGUUUUUUCCCAUUGGGGGUUUCCAUGUCGGGUUUGGAGAAAGACAAGGGUGGAGUUCCUAAUUGGACACCGUUUUCGCCCAUGUUUACUUGCCCACAAUUUAGUGUGGAUAAUAAGGCGAAGAGGAAAGCGAGUGUUCAGAAGGGGCCUUGGAUUUACAUUGAUGAUGAUGAUGCUUGGUUGGAUUCUGAGGAACCAAGUGAGGAUUCUGAUGAAGAUUGGCGAAACAGAAGAGCUAUUGCACUGAAGAAGAAAUCGAAGAAAAGGAAGGGGAAGCGUUCCACGAGUAGAAGGGGACCAAGUGGUAGUAGAAAAUCACAACGCGUUCUUGCGAAGAAAGUUGAGGAAGGGGUGGUAAGUGGUGAGGAUCUAGAAGGUGGGCCGGUGAUGCAAGAGGAGGCUUCUAUGGGGGCACCAAUGGUGCCAAAUGGCGAGACUAUUAAGAAAGUGGCAGCAAGUAGUGCAAAGAAGCAAGCUGGUAGGGUUGCAAAAGAACGAGGAAAGUUGGAUUUGAAUGUGGAGUUCAGUAAUGAGGUAGAAGAGCCUCCUCCGGGAAUGACCGAAAGGAACAAGGCAGGUAAUGGUGAGGAGGAUGGCAUUGAAGGGAUUGGGUUUUUUGAGGGCCUUGAUGAAUUUUUGAGCAGUUUGCCCAUACUUAAUGUUGUGGGGGCUGAGAAGGUUAAGGCUACCUAGUGAGAGGGCAGACUGCUUAUGUUGUAGCAGUAGUUGUUGUUCUGGUUUGUAUGCAUGUAGUAAGCAAUAGUGCAGACUGCAGAGGAACUGGCCAUUUUAUCUAGUGUUUUUUUUUUUUAAAUCUUAGUUAAGUCUGGUGUAUAUUUUGUAGCAAUAAGCUUUUAUCCAUCUUUUGGCUCUUUUUAUUGGUCUUAUUUUGGAAAGAUUACUGUGAGUAAUCCUGUCGUUGAUCAAGCUCUUACGAUAUCCACCCCAUUGUUUUUGUUUAUGCAACCUUACUACGUUAAGACCUGCGGUGGAUGUAGCAUGUGGAGUGGAUGUAGCAAAAGGAUUGUUCUGUAGAUGGUAUUCCUUGGCCUUUUCAGUGUACAAUCCAUUUUGAUAUUCUGGUUAAAUGACAGCAAAUCUUAUCA